UUUAACGUAUUAGGCAUAGUAAGUAGAGAAUUAUAGAUCGGAGCAAUUUAUUACAAAAUGGGCAAUUGCAGCUCCGGCGAUAUGGUGCACGUACCGACGGCAAGGCUUAUUCUGGAAGACGGCCAGCUUCGGGAGUUCCCUUACCCGGUGAAGGUUUCCUACCUGCUGCAGAAGUACCCGAUGUGUUUUAUUUGUAACUCCGACGAGAUGGACUUUAACGACGUCAUGAGGGCUAUCGACGAGGACGAAGUGUUAAAACCGGGUCAGCUCUAUUUCGCUUUGCCGUUGAGUCGGUUGAAUCAUCCCUUACGGGCGGACGAGAUGGCCGCAUUGGCGGUGAAGGCCAGCUCGGCGCUCAUGAAAGGUGGAGCCGGUGAGAAAUACAUUUGUCGUCGGGCGCAGAUUGCGGUUCCCGGCGAUGAAAACUCCAAGUCAUGUCAGACAGUUUCUCACAGAGUCAGCGGCGCUCGCGGUGUAGGUCGAUCAAAAAUAGGAAGGAGAGGUGGCGGUAGUGGCGAUCAGUGGGCCAAGUCUACCGCGACGUUGAGCACCAUACCGGAGUACGGGUAGUUUGGGGAGAAAAUGUUCGCCGGUGACCUUUUUUUUCCUUUGUAAAUAACGAUAACCAGAUCGAUAUGUUUUUUCCCACGAAAAGAAAAAAGAACAUUAAUGUAGAGGUAUUAUCCAGUGGAACAAUGAAAGUGAUCAGAUUUCACUGAGACGGACCCAGUUUUCAUGGCUGCUCUGUUCAUCGUUGGCUCUAAUCCAUUUUAUUUAUUGGUU